AUGGGAGUGUUUGAGGAAGAUGAUUCGGUUAGAGUCUCGACACUCGUGAAGCUAUGGGUUUUUGAAGGACUUUUAAAACCCAUGAAUGACAAAAGUUUGGAAACUAUUGCCAUAGAGUUCUUAAAGGACUUAGUUGAUAGAAAUCUCAUUCUAGUUGGUGAAGUGGGGUCUACAGGAAACAUAAAAUUCGUCAAAAUUCACGAUUUACUGAGGGAUUUAUGCUUGAGCCAGAGCAAGAAAGAUGGGUUCUAUCAUGUGAUAGGGCAAUCUAGUCCUCGAGGCAUAAGUAGCCAACGCCGCGUUGUUAUACCCAGGAACACGCCAAAGAAGAAAGUCCUUGACGACUUGCAGUCUAUGUCACGUGCUCGUUGCAUUAUCAGUGAACAUGGAGCAUCUUGCGUAUUAAGAAUUCCGGUUGAUAUCCCGAUCGCAGGAAUGGGCGGGAUAGGUAAGACCACUCUUGCCAAAACUGUUUAUUCGAAGAAAAUUAUUGAGCAGCGUUUUGAUGUUUGUGCUUGGGCUACUAUUUCUCAAAAAUACAACACAAGGGAAAUUCUUUGUGAACUUGUUUCUGAAGCCACUAAAAAAAGCAAGGAACAACUGAGUGAAAAGAGUGAAGAUGAACUAGGAUUAGAGCUCUACCAGUAUUUGUCAGGUAGAAGGUUUCUAAUUGUGAUGGAUGAUAUGUGGAGUAUCGAAGCAUGGGAUAGGAUACAACGUUUCUUUCCCGAAAAUGAGAAUUAUAGUCGGAUAUUAGUGACGACUAGGCUUUCCCACUUGAGUUCCCAGUUGAACAACAACUAUAGCCUUCAAAUGGAAUUUUUAGAUGAGGUUAGAAGCUGGGAACUCUUCUCAAAAAUUGUGUUUGGGGUUGGAAGUUGCCCUCAUGAGUUAGAGAAAAUUGGAAAGAAAGUAGUAGAGAAUUGCAGAGGACUUCCUUUAUCAAUUGUUGUAGUGGGGGGUAUUUUGAGAAAUAGGGAACACACUCUAGGAGUUUGGGAAUCAAUUAGAAAGAACUUAGCUUCAGAAGUGAAUUUGGAGAAUGAUAAGAAUUGCAUGAAACUGUUGAAAAUGAGCUAUAAUCGUUUGCCAUUUUAUUUAAAGCCAUGUUUUUUAUAUAUGGGAGUGUUUGAGGAAGAUGAUUCGGUUAGAGUCUCUACACUCGUGAAGCUAUGGGUUUUUGAAGGAUUUUUAAAACCCAUGAAUGGGAAAAGGUUGGAAACUAUUGCCAUAGAGUUCUUAAAGGACUUGAUUGAUAGAAAUCUCAUUCUAGUUGAGAUAAAGUGGGGUCUACAGGAAACAUAA